AUCAGCUGAUUGGAUGGGCUCUCCUUCUUCAGGCAGUCCGCGGAUCUCCUUCCUCAAGGACGUCUGACCAGCGACGCAGCCACUUUUCCUAGAGUUUCAGUGCACCAUCAAACGUCAGCAUGGGGAACAAGAGCAGUCUUAUGUUGCAGGAGCAGGAUAUCAGGGAUAUUCAGGCCGAAACGGGAUUUUUGCCAAGCCAGAUUGAACGUCUGUACAGCCGCUUCACCAGCUUGGACAAGGGAGACAAUGGCUCUCUCUCAAGGGAGGAUUUCCUUCGUAUUCCUGAGUUGGCCAUCAACCCACUUGGUGACCGAAUCGUCCAUGCUUUCUUUAAGGAGAGUGAGGAUGAUCGUGUGAACUUCUGCCAGUUUGUGCGUGUACUGGCUCACUUCCGUCCAAUUAAGCGAACGCAGGACAACAAACUUAAUGCACGAGAAGAGAAGCUGCGAUUUGCCUUCAAAAUGUACGACUUGGAUGAUGACGAACGAAUCUCUCGUGAGGAGCUCCUGGCUGUACUGCACAUGAUGGUCGGGGAGAACAUUAGCGAUGAGCAGCUAAACAGCAUCGCAGAAAGGACCAUCCUUGAGGCAGAUCGUGAUGGAGACCAGAUGAUCAGUUUUGAAGAAUUCUGCACAGCUCUAGAACGCACUGAUGUGGAGCAGAAAAUGUCAAUCAAGUUCCUCAAAUAAUUAUAUCGAUGUUUUUCUGUGUGUCCAUGAAAAUAUCAAAAAUGCAUUUUCAGGGGAACGUACAUAGCAUUCACAAAAAGUUGCAAUGGAACAAAAGUUUGAAUAAAUAAAUCAUAUAUAUAUAUAUAUAUAUAUAUAUAUAUAUAUAUAUAUAUAUAUAUAUAUAUAUAUAUAUAUAUAUAUAUAUACUCACACACACACACAUACAUAUACACACACAGUUUGUAUAUACUUGGUUUGGUAUUUGUGUAUUUUGCCUUAACAAAAGGAAUACAACUAUUAAAAUGAUAAUAACAGUAUUUUGUGAUGUGGCAGUAGAGAUAAAAUUUACAUGGGUGAAUCAAGCAAGUAUUAGGAGGGUAUUUAGUAAUAGAGCUGCACUGUGUACUCUACAUAUUUUCAAGUAGAAUGAAUAAUGAGGUUUUUCGUGAUUGUUCAGCUGAGAAUCCGCACAAAAUUAAGGUUGUUAUGAUAAAAGACAGAGAGCAAUUCAAGUCAACGAAACUCGUAUUUUCUGUUAGGUAUCAUAGAUUAUAUAUAGCAGAAUUUUACCAUACUAACGAGAUCACUUUUGGUAAGCAAUCACGCUAUUAGGUGGCCUUAUAUAAAGUUAACUUGCACAAACAAAAAUUAGUCAUGUUUGUGUUCACAAGAAACAAAAUCAAUCAUUAUGUGUUGUUCUUAGCAUCAUUAAGGUAUUGGCAUACCAGUUCUCCAGACCUUUGGUAAAACAAUGAAAGGUAUGCCACUAACAAUAAAAUUUAGUUAAUUCUAAUGAUAAGCAUAGUCGGUAAAGUUGUAUGCAUUUUAUUUGAAAUAACUGUUGAACUAAAAGGAAUCUUAGAUGUUGGAUGCAUUUUUUGUGGUAAUUCCAUACUUUUCAAUAAUUUCUUAUCUCAUCUUUGUUCCCUUCUUUAUUUUUGUAAUUUCGUUUCCAUAGAAUGUCAGCAGCAUGUACUUCAGCGUUUUGUGUUUGUUUUUGUUUUUGCAUAGUUUGUCUCCCCCUUGAAUUUGAAUUGAUAUUAUAUAAGAAAUUAUAUAAAGGAGUCUACAUAUUUACUGUUGAAUAGAAAUAUAUACAUAUACGUGUGUUUUGUGUUAGCUUUACAAUGAGAGUAUGAUGACGUUUUAUCAUUUCUCAGUUUUAUUGAUUUUUGUUGCUGCUCCUCUAAUAAUCAGGCCUGUUUGUAUUUUAUAUUAUUUGUGAGAGUACAUGGUGUUCAUACAAAGUACGAUGUUCUGUGAUUUUUUUAUUUUAUUAUUAUUAUUUUUUGUUAUAAUUUUUUUUUUUUUUUUUUUUAUGUGUCCAUCAAGUUUUGUAAAUAUGGCAGUUUUUUUGUUUUUAGUUUUUUCCGCUUUGUUUGUGACAUUUUACAAUAUAAGAUCCUAUCUAUUAAGCAGGCUUUUGGAAAUGGCCUCAUUUCAAAUUUCAUAUGAACGGGUUGGAUAACAUUCUAACUUUUUUUCUUUUCUUUACUCAAGGUUUGCCUUUGGUGCUGACGUAUCCAGUGUUCUAUAUAUCAUUUUCUUUUUUCAUUUCCAAGUGCCUGUUGCACAAUAUAAGUGUCUUUUAUCCCUCCUGACCGUGGUAUGUACAUUCCCAUAAAUAUUUUGCACAAAUAAUAUAUUUCUAUAA